AUGGCCAAGCUUGAGUCCAUCCUGACCCCGGAACUGCUCUCUGAGGUGCUGAGUGUGUGGUACGGGCACGUCAGCGAUGGCAGCUCGGUCAUCCUCCCUAGCCAGGACCACGUAAAGGUGUGGUUCUCGUCCUCCCCAGAGCUGGACAGUGUCUGUGUAAAGUCGUUUGGCCCCGUCCUCGACGCCAUAAAGGAGUCUGGGGUCACGUCGGGUCAGCAGAUCCUGGACGCCGCGAAGCCCAAGGGUCCGCUGGACUGGCUGAGCCUGGUCCUCCUGCUGGACCAGAUGCCGCGGAACUGCUACCGCGGCGACGCCUCCUCCGUCGUCUACAGACUGUUCGACCCGCUGGCCCAGGACGUGGCCGCGGCAGCCUCGGAGAAGGGAAUCCCCGACCUGGAGCCCCAGACGCGCUGGUUCAUCGGCCGCCGCCUGUGGUUCUACAUGCCGCUAGAGCACUCCGAGAGUCUCGAUCUGCACAGGCUGGCGACCGAAAAGUUUGCCAGCCUGGCACGCGACAUCGAGCUGCUCAUCUCCGACAACGACGACCCUUCGUCAUUGAUCGGCGGCGACGACGAGCUACGCGCCAAGGCGGCGCGGGUCCUAGGCGCCAGUGCCGAGUCUGCCGAAGCCGCCCGCGGCGUGGCCAAGGCCUUCGCCGCCUUCGAGGAAAGACACUCGGACGUCAUCGAGCGGUUCGGACGCUACCCGCACCGCAACGGGUCGCUUGGAAGGGCGUCUACCGACGAGGAGAUCAAGUACCUGUCCGAAGGCGGUGAGACGUUUGGUGGAGGCAAUGGCCACACUCAUUGA